GUAAGAUUGCACUAAUGCUACCAAUUCAACACCGAAACUUGGUUAAGAUGAAAUCGCGAAGGUUUCCACCGCCACCGAUUCCCACAAAUUACAUUAAAUUACCGUAAUCAAGUAGUUUACUUUUGAUCGCGAAGCUUUCCACGGCUACCCAUUCACAGAAUUAACAAUAAAUUAACCCUAAUUAGUUUACUCGGUCGGCCGUCACGAAAGAUUAAAAAAUCGAACGGAAGGGUAUUUCGGUCAUUGCAGCGAGGAAGGCCUCUGUACCAAAUCAACCACCACCUGCUCUCGUUUGACACUUUCAGCAACCAAACCAAACAAAACUAAAAGAAAAGAAAAACACAAGGAUCAUCAAGCAAUGAUCAAAACACAACGCCAUUCAACUCUCCGAUUUCUUACAACCUUUGAUCAUGGCUGCAGCAACGUUUCUUUGCUUCUUCAUCUUCCUCAUCAUCUCUCAUAUUCCAGAAUCUUCAUCUCAACAGAACAUCGAGACCUUCUAUCCAUUUUCUCCACCGCCUCUUCCGUCGAUCGUUCAGCCGCCGGCGACUCCGGGCCCGCCUAGCUCCCUCCCUCCACCAACCGGCCCAGCAGUUGUGCCGCCGCGUAGGUCGUCGACGAAGGCGGCGGUGGGGAGGGCAAUAGGCGUGACGGCUGCGAGCACCGUGGUGUUGUCAGGGCUUCUUCUAUUUCUGCUCUUGAGGUAUAAUUCGCGGCGGAAGAGGGAGGAAAGUCCUCCGUCCGCUGCCGCCGCUGGUGGUGCAAAUGGGAGGAGCAAUGGUGUGGCGCCGCAGAGCAGCUUUACGCGAUACGGCGGUAAUGUGAAGGGGCUGAUUGUUGACGAGAAUGGUUUGGAUGUGCUAUAUUGGAGGAAUUUGCAGGAGGGAGAAAACCAGAGUGGUUACAAGAAACAGAAUUUCAAGAGCUUGAGAGAGGAGCAGCAAGAAGAGGAGAAGAGAAUUGUGAGUGAGAGAGAGAGAGAGCGGAAGAGCAAACCGCCGGUGCAAGAAGUUCCUCUGCUUAGAGGCCAAUCUUCCACUUCUCAGAGUCUGAUUUGGGCAGCAGAAAAAGAUGUUGACGUCAUUGACAAAGCACCUUCAUUUUCAAACGGUGUUGCUCUUAAGGUUGAGAAGCAAGCUUCAUCAGUUAAACUUACGCCGCCGCCGCUUCCUCCGCCGCCAGGAGCGCCGUGGCUGCAGCCCUCGCGAGUCUCUGCAGCUGUAGCACCAGCAGCGGCGGUGGUUGCGGCAAUACCUAAUGAGAAAACGAAGGCACCAACACCACCUCCGCCACCGCCUAUUCCAUCAAACAAAGGUCCUGCUCCACCGCCGCCACCAGCAGCAGCAAUGAAGCCACCUCCGCCUAAUAAGCGUUCGUCUUCAAGCGGAGAAAGCUCUGCGAGUGAGAAGGUGAAACUGAAGCCGUUGCACUGGGAUAAGGUGAAUCCAAACGUGGAGCAUUCCAUGGUGUGGGACAAAAUCGACAAGGGCUCAUUCAAGUUUGACGGAGACCUAAUGGAAGCCCUCUUCGGGUCGGUGGCCGUGAACAGAAAAUCCCCUCGCGGCGGCGACACCCAAUCAGCAAGUCCACUAAGCAACAAAUCCGGGCCGCCGUCGCAGAUAUUCAUCCUCGACACUCGAAAAUCACAGAACACGGCCAUCGUGCUCAAAUCCCUCUCCCUCUCCCGCAAGGAAAUCAUCGACGCUCUAAUCCAAGGCCGAGGCCUAAGCGGCGAUACAAUUGAGAAACUCACCAGAAUCGCGCCAACUGAAGAAGAGGCCUCCGAAAUCGCCGCCUUCCACGGCGAUCCCACGAGGCUCGCGGACGCGGAGUCCUUCCUCUUCCACCUCCUCAAAUCCGUCCCCACCGCCUUCAGCAGGUUCAACGCCAUGCUCUUCCGAUCAAACUACGACUCCGAGGUGUCCAACAUCAAGGAAUCGUUCAAGGCGCUGGAAGCAGCCUGCAAGGAAUUGCGAACUCGCGGACUCUUCUUGAAGCUUCUAGAAGCAGUGCUCAAAGCCGGCAACCGGUUAAAUGCGGGGACGUCCAGAGGAAAUGCGCAAGCUUUCAAUCUCACGGCUCUCAGGAAACUCUCCGACGUCAAGAGCUCCGAUGGGAAGACCACGCUGCUUCAGUUCGUCGUGCAGGAAGUCGUCCGCGCCGAGGGGAAGCGCUGCGUGCUCAACAGGAACCGUAGUCUCAGCAGCAACGGCGGCGGUGGCGACGCCGCUGUUUCCAAAGACGAGAGAGAGAGAGACUACAUGAUGCUGGGUUUGCCCGUCAUCGGCGGCCUCAGCGCCGAGUUUUCGAACGUGAAGAAGGCGGCGACGUUGGACUACGACGCUCUUGCGAAAUCCAUCUCCGCAUUAGCCGCGCAGGUGAGCAAAACAAGGAACGUGGUGCAGCAAUGCGGCGGAGGAGGGUUUGCGCGCGAAAUGAAUGGGUUUGUGGAUACGGCGGAGUUGGAGAUGAGAGUGGUGAGAGAGGAGGAAGCGAGGGCGAUGGAGCUGGUGAAGAAGACGACGGAUUACUAUCAGGCUGGAGAUAAAGGGGCGAAUCCGUUCCAGCUGUUCGUCAUCGUUAGGGAUUUCUUGGGGAUGGUUGAUGAGGUGUGUAUAGAGAUUGCGAGGAAUGUGCAAAAGAGGAAAUCGUCGGCGCCCGCGACCUCCUCACUUGCGGGAUCGUCGUCGCCGGGAUCUCCCAGGGUCUUUAGAUUCCCCAAACUGCCGGCCAACUUCAUGUCCGACAACUCCAAGAGCGGCGGCGACACUGAUUCCGACGACAGUGAGUCGGAGGUAUGAUGCGAAUUCGAAUCCCCAGGAGUUGUGUACAGACAAGAAACAAAGAAUUGCUUCUGUUAUUUGAUUUUUGCAAAUGUAACAUUCUUAUUCAAUCGUUAUCAUUAGUUUGCACAGAAGAGAAAUUAAAUGGUCCGAUAUUAUUCA